ACUGGGCGGCGCAGGAGCGUCUGUGCUACCGGAAAACAACAGCAGAAGAAGAAGCGAGGGUAGUUGUGAAACAUGCUGAUGGUGCUGGACACAUUUCUUUGAUUAUGUACAUGUGUUCAGUUAAUAAUCAGAGUCGUGCUCGCUCCUCGAAGUUGUACAUCGUCACGAAGAAUCUGACUUGAUCAAGCUGAAGAAAUGAGCUCGGUCAGACAGGAAGGUAAAGAUCAAAUCAUCUUUGUAACCAAAGAGGAUCAUGCGACACCCAGCAAUGCUGAACUUGUAGAGGAAGAUCCAAAUGACCCAUACGAGGAGCGAGGUCUGAUUCUUCCCAGUGGGGAAAUCAACUGGAACUGCCCAUGCCUGGGGGGGAUGGCCAGUGGUCCCUGUGGAACUGAAUUUAAGGGGGCCUUCUCCUGUUUCCACUAUAGUAAGGAGGAGGUGAAGGGAUCGGAGUGCUUGGAGCAGUUCAGGUCCAUGCAGGAGUGUAUGCAGCGUUACCCUGAACUUUAUCCACAGGAAGACGAGAAGGAGCCAAAACAGCAAACAUCAGAAACAGUCCAAACCUCAGAAGACUCUGCAUCUGUGGAAACAUCAGGUGUAAACUCGACAUCGGUCACUGAGAAAGACUCUAACAUCACACAACCCAACACAGAGAAUUCAGUGGAAAGUUAAUAAUGUGCUCUUAAAAGAAUGCUGGCAACAGGGUUCUAAAGUCCAACUGAAAUUACAUUUAGAAGAAGAAGAACGUACUUUAUUAAUCCCCAGUGGGAAAUUCAAUUUUUUCACUCGUGUUAUUUUUCAGUCAUGCUACACGCAGUUUUUUUUUUUGGUAUAUACAUACAAUGCACACACAUGCAGUGAACAUGCACUUAGGGAGAGAUGUCAGAGUGAGGAUGCUGCCAUCAACCAGCGCACCCCAAGCAGUUGGGGGUUUGGUGUCUUGCUAAAGGGCAGCUCGGCAGUGCCCAUGCAAGUGAACCAGCACCUCUCCAUCCACCAGUCCACUUGCAAAACUUUGUCCAUACUGGGACUCGAACCGGCGAUCCUUCGGUUCCCAAGUCAAAUCCCAAGUCCCUAUGGACUGAGCUACUGCCGCCCAUUUUUAGCCAUUUUGUCGUCAAAAUCACUUAAACAUAUUUUUAUUUUUAAUUUACAGUAAGUAUAAAAACUAUAUAGUCUAAGGGGCAGAGGUGUCUGUGUCAUAUAGACUUCCAAGGUCAGACUGAGUGUUUGACGUGAGAACAGGUGACUAAGUAGAAAAAGAAAAUAGCCUGCAAACUGACAAUAGCAGUGUGCUUUUCCUCAGUAGAUGUUUCAGCUGAGGCUUAAGACGAGAAUUGAGUUCAUGUUUGUAAUUUAGGUCGGGAGGAGAAUUAAGCAGGACCACAUAGGUUUACUGCAUUAUGCAAAUAGUCAUAAAGCCCUUAAUCCAGGUUUGGCUUUUGUUUUGUUCUCAGAGAGGAAUGUUGAACAUGUUGUUUAAGGCCCAGUCAUACCUUGACGAUUUAGCCAGUGUAUGCGUAUAAAAAGAUUGGCGAGUACGCUGGCGUACGUUGCAUAAGUUAUAAGUAAGUUUUGUUGAAGUUAAGAGCAAGCUGAAGCACGCUGGUAUAUGUCAUAGUAACUUCAGCCAAAGUUUUGAAAUCAGGGAACAUUUCUCCAAGUGAAGUGAUCAGAAAUCGACAAGACUCUCUGAACGAGGGGUUUCCUGAUCCCACAAGCACUCGCUUCAGCGGGAGGAAAUCCCACAGCAUGUGCUCCUUCUGCACCACUGGUUCAGCUGCACUGGUCUGUGACCCGUAAUGGUCACAGACCACUCCAAAGCCUCCUGUCCAUAACUCAUCAAUGCGCUGUUAGCACCCGGAUAGUGAGAUGCAUUGAGUACGGUGUCCAGGUCAGAGUUGAUGCUCAGAUGCUCUGAUGGGAAUAUUUUUUCUCUGCCUCACCUGGCCCAUUCACAAAGUCUUCCAGGCUGACCACAGUCUUGCUGUCAAUCAAAAUGACAGAUGGCCUUCAGAUUUUUCUGUCCCUGUUUUAAAGAAAGCGGAAAGUAUUCGGUUAACCGUGCUUGGAGCCCUCAGUCAGUGUCAAAUAGCAGAGGCUCUGAAACAGCAACUGAAGCAAGCAUGUCGGAGUCUGGUGGUGUUCAACGAUAAAGCUGCUGUUGUUGAAUUAAAUGAAGUUCAAAAUGUUAAGUGUAACUUCUUGUAAAGACCAGAGGCUGUGUUCCUGCUGGUUUCCCUCCUCUGACACUCUCCACUGCUCAUCAUGUUCUUACAAAGAGAGGUCGCAUAGUUUUUGAUAACACAAGUACUUAAGUCACCAAAGCAAGUGCAUCUAAUUUCAAAACUUAUACACUGUCAUUAACAAGCGGCAGCCUUUUUAUACACUUUGUCUGCAUUAUUAAGCUGCAGCACGCUUUGCACAAGUGGACUAUAGUUGGGCAUCAGUUAUGAAUAUGCUAUCUAUAUGCCCAAAAUAAAAAUAAAACAUUGAUAAUUCAGCGUGUCAGCGCGUACGUUGGGAAAACGCUGGCUAAAUCAUCAAGGUGUGACAGGGCCCUUGCUGAAAAAGAGGACAUUAAACUUCAGUUGGACUUUAAACCUUGUAUAGUGAAUAGUAAGCAAAGCUUGUUUAAUGUUAAAGAAAAAUAUAUCGCCCCAGAGGGUUUAAAUUUAAUACUGCCUUUGGGUUUACACCAAAGAAUCAAAGGUUGUUUUAAUUCAGUCAAUAGCUUAGAGGACCAAGCAGGGUAAACACACUGACAUGUACUUUUUCAAUUUCUCAAGAGUGACAGAUCUACUUAAUUGUGCUGAAAUGAACCAUAAAACAUGUUUUUUUAAUUACAAUUCUCUUUUUUAUUCAAUGAUCUGUUUAACACUGUUAAAAUAGAUCACUUAAAACAUGCAUCAUUUGUUUAUUUAUUUUAAUAUGAAACUUUAACUCAAAGUGUAUGUUGACAAUGUUACCAGUGAAUUCUUAAAUUUACAAAAUUGUGAAGAAUGAACUGAAAAAAAGAACCUUUUAAUGUGGGAUCUUGUAUGAUGUGUUUUCACUGUUGCUGUCUGCCCUGUGUGACUACAUUUUAUCUGCUAACUUAUUACAAGACUCAACACAUUUACCUCAACUGAACUUAAAAGGUUACUUUAUGUUUAACACUUGACUGGUUGAAGUGACUUUGAGUGAAUAUUCUUGAAAGUUUUAUAAUAAAAUAUGUUUUUGAUCCUU